UCUGUUAUUGUUUUAAUUUUAUUUUAAUCGGGCACAGCUUAGACGCCCUGUUAUCCUCCGAAGGACCUCUCACAUCCAACAUGGCGGCGACUAUUCGGAUGUGCUGUGCCCUCCGCUGCACUUUAGGAGGGACAGUACCUCUCCGUACCACCGUGGCAGCAGCUCAAAUAUCCCAUUUAACAACCCAAGCCUCAGCUUUUAUUGUUCUCCAGAGGUCCUCUUUACUCCCAGCAUAUCCUUCUACAGUCUGGCAACAGACCAGACACAACAGCUUCUUUAACAAGUUAACAGCUGUGGAGCUUUGGAAAGGUGUGUUGGCAGAGACCGGUUCAGGAGCCAGAAAAGGCAGAGGGAAGAGAACCAAACGCAAAAUGAAGAGAGACUUGAACCGUGGACGGCUGAUGGGAGAAGGUCGAGCUGGUUUUCUGUGGCCUGGUCUGAACGCACCGGUGUUAAAGAAUGGUAUGGUUCAACCUCUGAGCCAAAGAAGUCAGAGCGAGCAGCAGAUCGUCCAGGCUGAGAUGGUCCAGAAAAGGGAAGAGUAUGAGAAAAGAAGGAAUACAAAGGUGAAUAGAGAAAGAGUAUGGACGGGAAGGUCCUGGGGGGGUUUGAGUCUAGGACCCCCAGAUCCUGGACCAAAUGGAGAAACCUACGAGAACUUUGACUCACGUAUCCUUGAGAUGAAGAAUGUGUUCUCCAUGACGGCCAAAGAAGGCAGGAAGAGGUCCGUCAGCUGCCUGGUGGCCGUGGGAAACGGCAACGGAGCCGCAGGCUUUGCGCUGGGUAAAGGACCAGACCGCAUCUCAGCCCAGAGGAAGGCCAAGAACAGAGCCAUCCAUUACCUGUACUACAUUGACCGAUACCAGGGCCGCACCAUUUACCAAGACAUUGAGUCCAAGUACAAGAAGACGACACUUCGUAUGAAGAAACAAACCACAGGAGAGGGUCUUCGCUGCCACAGAGCCAUCAUCACUAUCUGUAAGCUGAUUGGUAUCAAGGACAUGUACUGUAAAGUAGAUGGAUCCACAAAUUAUCUCAACAUCACCAGAGCUCUCUUCAAUGGACUGGCCACUCAGCAAAACCACCAGAGUCUGGCAGACAGUAAGAAGCUCAACGUGGUGGAGUUCAGGUCAGAGACAGGCCCGCUGCCCAUCGUGGUGGCCAAACCUGAGGGCGGGGCCAGACCAGACCCAGAGAAGGAGGAUGAGAUUCCCAACACACGGCUGAACUGGGACGAUGUUCAGUUGGCCCAGGGAACAAAACGCUCCAUCUGGGCCGGAGUCAAACGAACCAUCUGGUAGACGUGGAGAGUCUGAUGAUCUGUGGCUCUUUAAAGUGAUGUUGGUCUUUUUAUACUGAUUGGAAAACGUGGAUUAUUUCCACAAAGGACUCUUAAAAAAAUGGAAAUGUCAAAAUGACGUUGUCUGUAAUGAUGUAAAAAUAUGUUAAAGUAUCAAAUAAACAUUAUGUAACUCUAAAAA